GGCCAGCCAACACUGGAUUUAGUCUAGUUAGAAGUAGCUGAGCAGCUCUUAUUUGAAAAAACCCCUGAGUUCUGAGUUCAUUACUGCAGGAAACCUGCUCUCCCUCAGCGUGCAGAGAACCUGGCUUCAGAGCAGCCUCACCAGCUCAGGCGUCUGCUCGGAUAAAACCCAACCUGGAGGAGAAUGGCUGCCUACGCCCUGCAAAUCGCCGGGCUGGUGCUCGGUGGUGUGGGCAUGGUGGGCACAGUGGCUGUCACGGUCAUGCCUCAGUGGAGAGUGUCUGCCUUCAUUGGAAGCAACAUUGUGGUCUUUGAAAACCUCUGGGAAGGACUGUGGAUGAGUUGCAUGAGGCAUGCUAACAUCAGAAUGCAGUGCAAAAUCUACGACUCGCUGCUGGCUCUCUCUCCGGACCUGCAGGCAGCCAGAGGACUGAUGUGUGCCGCCUCCGUGCUCGCCUUCCUGGCUUUCAUGACGGCCGUCCUUGGCAUGCAGUGUACCAGGUGCAUCGGGGACGACGAGACGGUGAAAGGUCACCUUCUGCUGACCGCCGGAGUGCUCUUCAUCAUCACAGGCCUCGUGGUGCUCAUCCCCGUGAGCUGGGUGGCCAACUCCAUCAUCAGAGACUUCUACAACCCAAUAGUGGAUAUUGCCCAAAAACGGGAGCUGGGAGAAGCCCUCUACAUAGGCUGGACCACGGCCCUGGUGCUGAUGGUCGGAGGGAUGCUCUUCUGUUGUGUUUCUUGUUGCCAUGAAAAGAGCAGUAGCUACAGAUACUCCAUCCCGUCCCACCGAACAACCCAGAAGAGCUACCACACCACAAAAAAGUCGCCGAGCGUGUACUCCAGAAGUCAGUACGUGUAGUUAUGUCUCUUUCUAAACUACCUAGAAAGCCACCCAGAUGACAUAGAUGUCCACUCUUUCCAAAACUGAGACCCAAGGGAGCAUUGCUUGGCUGUUCUUAAGUGCCCAGCAUUACUCACAGGAACUAAUUACAUCAGCUCUUUAUGAUUCUAUCAUCGAUUUCAGGUGAACGAGAAAUUCUAUACAUUGCUUUGAUUAUUCUGGAAAGAACAGUAAUUUGUUUUCUAAAAUGGUUCAUGUGUUUUCUCCUUUUCUUAGUUACUUCAAAAUGACAUUGUUAGAGACAAUUCUUUUAUAACUGUGAUUUCUCUAUGACAGAGUGUUAUGUAUAUAGAUGAGAGUGACAUUUCUGUGUCACAUAAGUAGAGACAGGCUUAUAUAGUUCUAUUUUAAAUGAAACACUGAUUCAUUACACUGAAUAAAUAGAAUUCAACUAUUGCUUUUCAGGGGGACCAGGGGUAAGUUUGAAGAAGGUUAAUAUUAAUUGUUUAAAAACAGCUUAGUGAUGAAUGCACUUGAUUUAUAAUGAAGGUUAAAAUGAAAGCUUUAAUCAGCAGGGUAAAGGGAGCUAAAUGGCUUUUUGAUAUCUCGUUUUUCAGUCUAGGAGUUAGAAAUCCGAAUUCCUUUCUCCUCAUUCUCUAGAGGCCUUCCUUUUUUUGUAUAUUAAAUGAUUGUCUUUUAAAAGGCAGAUAUUUUGUCAAGGGGCUUUGCAUUCAAACUGCUUUUCCAGAGCUAUACUAAAAAGAAAGAUAAAGCUAUAGUCUAAGAAAUAUUAAAGAGUUCAAGAAAGUGAAGAUUUUUUUCCCUCAAGUUUUUGUGGUUGGAGAAGGAUGUAUUUUGACAAGAAAUCUUAUAUAUAUAUGUACAUAUAUAUGUAUAUGUACAUAUAUAUAUGAAUAUUUUAAUAACUAUUGUAUAGAGACUUUGGACUUUCAUUAAUAUAAAUAACAGAAGAGAAAAAUUGUAUACCUUUAUUUGAUUUCCAAAAAAAUAAAACCGAGUUGUCCUUUGUGAACUGCAUCUUCUUAUAUGUGGAUAUUUAAGUCAAAAUUGUCAUUUCAGUUUUCAAAGGUGAAAUUUUCAUUUGUUCCAAUUUUGUUCAGUUUUACUAAGGUACAGGUAUACUAUAUCUUUGUGUUUCCCUCCAGAUUUGAUUGAACUAUUAAUCUGAUUUGAAAGUUUGUGUAUAUAUUUUUCUAGCUUAAUCGACUAUGUGUAUCUGCUUUAUAUCCUUUGUAUUAAUAAAUUGUGCUUUUUAUAUUAAUUUGA